UUUUGAUUUCGCCUUUUCCUUUUCAGCAACCCAAACACACUACGACGGGCCGCCCAACACACUACGACGGGAAACCGUUGCAUCCAGCAGCAGCGAGCGAGUGGCACACGCACACAGACCCCACGCACACUAUGCGCGCCAAGCGCACCACCACCGACACACAGAAACGGAUACCCCGCCGCACGGCUGAGUCGACGGGCAGUAGGCAGUGCGCCUCGACACCAGGCUGCGAGUGGCGCCGGCUCACAUUCGCCACGGCCACCGCGCGCCCGCUCCACACACAACUUGCUGUCCGCUGGACCCGGCGCGCUGGCACACCGCAUGCGACACCGGCACACUGGCACACCGGCAUCGUUCCUGCCGCACGCGCUGAUCCGGCGAGCGCGCGAGCGCGGCACGGCGCGUCUGGACAACGGGCGCAAGCCGUAGCGCGCCGGCUCUGCCGGAUGCACACCAAUCACUUUGCAGCUGCAGCGCCGCGCCUCGAGAGGUGUUCAGUCCCGAACUGCGCGCCGAAUACGGUGACGACGCGGGUCUGAUGACCACCGGCCAGCACCCGUCCGGGCCGUGACUGCCUCCUCCCAUCAGCAGCGCCGCGCGCCGCUCGUGCCGCGCGAGAAGGUGUUCAGUCAACGGCGGGCGCCUCGCCAGCACUGCCUGGCGCACCCGUCAAAAUGUGCGCACACCUCGCCAUCUCCGCCGCCUCCGAGGCCACCGGCGCCAUGAGUGGUGUCUGCGCCGUCGCCGUGGGGGCCUUGGCCGGCUUGAUUGGCCUCAAAGUCAGCUUUGCCGCCCCGCCGCGAGCGCCGAAAAAGCGUCAACCGCGCAACGGCGUGACGGAGAGAGAGCGACCGCGCUGCUUCUGCGAGCCGCUAGGAGCCGAGCCGAUGUCUAUCCGAAGCCGUCUGCCGCGCGCGUCGGUCGCGAAGGGCCCGCCGGGGAUCAGUUUCCACUCCUCUGAGGCUGCCGAUCACCUAAACUGCACCCCGUGUGUCGACGGGGCACUGGUGUGGAACCGGGCUCAAAAAAGCGCAUUUGACCGUGCGGGUUUCUUUAGCUAG